GGCAUCCAACCUGCUGCCGCCGCGGCCGGGUGGAGCGGAGAGCGCCGCGCGCAGAGCACACGCUCGCGCUCAGCUCCCCUCCGGGGCGGUUCAUGAGCGCGCGCUCCGAUCGCAGCCUCCGCGAGCCCGCGCCGCGCCGCCGCGGCCCGCAGUCGCCAGGGCCCCCGGGGGAAGGAAAGCAGGAAGGCCGGCGCGGCCGUGCGCCCCGUGGAGCCCGCCACCCCUGCCCGCAGCCGGCUGCCCGGCCCGCCUGGCACCAUGCUGCCCGCGCGCUGCGCCCGCCUGCUCACGCCCCACUUGCUGCUCGUGUUGGUGCAGCUGUCCCCGGCUUGCGGCCACCGCACCACGGGCCCUAGGUUUCUCAUAAGUGACCGUGACCCUCAGUGCAACCUCCACUGCUCCAGGACUCAGCCCAAACCUAUCUGCGCCUCCGACGGCAGGUCCUACGAGUCCAUGUGUGACUACCAGCGAGCCAAGUGCCGAGACCCAAACCUGGGUGUGGUGCAUCGAGGUAGAUGCAAAGACGCUGGCCAGAGCAAGUGUCGCCUGGAGCGAGCUCAGGCCCUCGAGCAGGCCAAGAAGCCCCAGGAGGCCGUGUUUGUGCCGGAGUGUGGCGAGGAUGGUUCCUUUACCCAGGUGCAGUGCCAUACUUACACGGGGUACUGCUGGUGUGUCACUCCAGAUGGGAAGCCCAUCAGUGGCUCUUCUGUGCAGAAUAAAACUCCUGUAUGUUCAGGUUCCGUCACCGAUAAGCCCGUGAGCCAGGGUAACUCAGGAAGGAAAGAUGAUGGGUCGAAGCCGACACCCACGAUGGAGACCCAGCCGGUGUUCGAUGGAGAUGAAAUCACAGCUCCCACUCUCUGGAUUAAGCACUUGGUGAUCAAGGACUCCAAACUGAACAACACCAAUGUAAGAAAUUCAGAGAAAGUUCACUCGUGUGACCAGGAGAGACAGAGCGCCCUGGAAGAGGCCCAGCAGAAUCCCCGCGAGGGCAUUGUCAUCCCUGAGUGUGCCCCUGGGGGGCUCUAUAAGCCAGUGCAGUGCCACCAGUCCACUGGCUACUGCUGGUGUGUGCUGGUGGACACGGGGCGUCCGCUGCCCGGGACCUCCACACGCUACGUGAUGCCCAGUUGUGAGAGUGACGCCAGGGCUAAGAGUGCGGAGGUGGACGACCCCUUCAAGGACCGGGAGCUGCCAGGCUGUCCAGAAGGGAAGAAAAUGGAAUUUAUCACCAGCCUACUGGAUGCUCUCACCACUGACAUGGUGCAGGCCAUUAACUCAGCAGCGCCCACUGGAGGUGGGAGGUUCUCAGAGCCAGACCCCAGCCACACCCUCGAGGAGCGAGUGGUGCACUGGUACUUCAGCCAGCUGGACAGCAACAGCAGCAACGACAUUAACAAGCGGGAAAUGAAGCCCUUCAAGCGCUACGUGAAGAAGAAAGCCAAGCCCAAGAAAUGCGCCCGGCGUUUCACCGACUACUGUGACCUGAACAAGGACAAGGUCAUCUCACUUCCCGAGCUGAAGGGCUGCCUGGGUGUUAGCAAAGAAGGACGCCUUGUCUAAGGAGCAGAAAACCAAAGGGCAGGUGGAGAGACCACGGAGGCGGGCUGGAUCAUCAGACGUCUCACCUUUGAUGUUGCCCACGGCCCAGCCACAUCCCAUGUAACAUACGUGGUGCCCACCGUGUUUGCACUUUUAAUAACUCUUAUUUGUGUGUUUUCUUUUUGGUUUCACUUUUAAAUACCAGUAUCUAAUAUCACAGUGGGAAAAGGAAAGGGAAGAAAGACUGUUUAUUCUCUCUCUUAUUGUUAAGUUUUUGGAUCUGCUACUGACAACUUUUAGGGUUUGGGGGGGGGGUGGGAGGGUCUUGCUGGGACUGAGAAGAAAGAGAUUUAUAUACUGUAUAUAAAUAUAUAUGUAAAUUGUAUAGUUCUUUUGUA